AAGCAGGGACUCACUGUGAGGGGGAACUUUGUUACUAUGAAACUUAGGAAUAUUUACAAAAUAUUGUAAAAAUUACCAAAAUCCCUCGUGAAUCCAUAACCUGCCCCUAGGGUUUGAGGUUUUUAGUUUAGUUCGCCCGGAAAGGGCUUCUACACUCACUAUUCUUACACUUUUUUGAAAGAAUGUGUGAGACAGACAGUUAGCCAGCUAGCUAGCUAGCUGAGAGGUGAUAGAGGCGGCAGGAGAACAAAAGAUUUUUUUGCGUUUUGGCCGGUUGUACUGACACCAAGUCCAUGCAGAACGUGUCAUUACCAUCACAAUGCCCGUUUUACUUUUUCUGAUAGACACGUCCGCUUCAAUGAACCAGCGCACCCAUCUGGGCACUACCUAUCUGGACAUAGCAAAAGGCGCUGUUGAGACUUUUAUGAAGCUCAGAGGGAGAGAUCCGGCGAGCCGAGGGGACCGGUAUAUGUUGGUAAAUUUUGAAGACGUUCCGUUCGGGAUCAAGGCUGGAUGGAAGGAGAGCCACGCCACCUUCAUGACAGAGCUGAGGAACCUGCAAGCAACCGGACUCACAUCUAUUGGCCAGUCCUUGAGGACCGCUUUUGAUUUACUCAAUCUCAAUAGAUUAGUGACUGGGAUAGACAACUAUGGACAGGGAAGGAAUCCGUUUUUCCUCGAGCCCGCCAUCAUAAUCGCAAUCACCGACGGCAACAAGUUGACCAGCGGAGGCGGCGUCCAAGACGAGCUCCAUCUGCCUCUGACCACCCCGCUGCCGGGUAGCGAGCUGACCAAGGAGCCCUUCCGAUGGGACCAGCGUCUGUUCGCUCUAGUGCUGCGUAUCCCCGGCAACACUUCGGUGGAGCCCGAACCCCUCGGUGGCGUCCCGCCCGACGAUUCUCCCAUCACCCCCAUGUGUGAGGUCACCGGAGGACGUUCCUACAGCGUUUUCUCUCAGCGUAUGUUGAAUCAGUGUCUGGAGUCUCUGGUGCAGAAAAUCCAGAGUGGAGUGGUGAUAAACUUUGAGAAGACGGGGCCUGACCCUCCUCCACUGGAGGAUGCUCCAGCCGAGGCGUUGAAGUCCGGUCCACAGCCUUGGCAUUGCUCUCACAAGCUGAUCUAUGUACGACCCAACCCGAAAACCGGCGUCCCCAUCGGCCACUGGCCCAUCCCCGAGGCCUUCUGGCCAGACCAGAACUCCCCAACUCUGCCUCCACGCUCAGCCCACCCCCACGUACGUUUCUCCUGUCUGGACGCUGAGCCCAUGGUGAUAGACAAGGUGCCCUUCGACAAGUACGAGCUGGAGCCUUCGCCGCUCACACAGUACAUUUUGGAGAGGAAAUCCCCGCACACCUGCUGGCAGGUGUUUGUAUGUAACAGUGCCAAGUACAGCGACCUGGGGCAACCCUUCGGCUACCUAAAAGCCAGCACAGCUCUGAACUGCGUCAACUUGUUUGUAAUGCCCUACAACUACCCCGUGCUUCUGCCACUUCUGGACGACUUGAUCAAAGUGCACAAAUUCAAGCCUACCAUCAAAUGGCGGCAGUCCUUUGAGAACUACCUGAAGACCAUGCCUCCGUAUUACAUCGGGUCUCUGAGAAAAGCUCUGAGGAUCAUGGGAGCACCAAACCUGCUGGCGGACAACAUGGAGUAUGGCCUGAGCUACAGUGUGGUUUCCUACCUGAAGAAACUCAGUCAGCAGUCAAAAAUCGAGUACGACCGCCUGAUUGCCUUGAUCGGUAAGAAGCCUCCAUCGGAAGCCGGCAUCAAGGUGCGAUGGCGGGGUGGAGGUAUAUCUCUGGCCCAGCGCAGGGACUUCAUCCAGCAGCUGCAGAGUCUCACCGGAGACGCCCCGGCUCUGCCGCUGGAGCUCAACCCCAAAGAGUUCCAAGGCUUCCACCUGGCGCUGCUUAACAAGGGCUUGAAGCCUCACAGCUUCAGGAAUCCCUACGACAUCCCCCGCAGCCACCUGCUCGACCAGCUCAGCCGAAUGCGUAGAAACCUGCUCAACACCGGCGUCUGCACUCUCAGAGGGCAGGACUCGGACCAGCUCCACAGUGUGCCAGUCGCCCAGAUGGGAAACUACCAAGACUUCCUCAAAGCUGCUCCUCAGCCUCUUCGAGACGCAGACCCCGAACAGCCCAAACGGUUGCACACAUUCGGCAACCCAUUCAAACUGGACAAGAAGGGCAUGAUGAUCGACGAGGCGGAUGAGUUUGUCACCGGCCCCCAGAAUAAGGGCAAGAGACCAGCGGACAGCAGCAACAUGACUGGUGGAGGUCCGAAGAGACGCCGCUGCAUGUCGCCUCUACUGCGUCUGGGAAGAGCCUACACCCCUCCAGUCACCCCUCCUGCCAGCCCUCGACCCUCAGACAUGGACAUGAGCGACGGAGCACCAGAUCCGGACCUGAUCAUCAACCACCUGAAUCAGAACCACUACGGCUCAGACGGGAGCUCGGACUCGGAGGUGGAUCAUCCGUCGGGGCCCGGCGACCUCCAGGAGAACCACACGGCCGCCGAUCUGCAGGUCAUUCGGCACGGGGACGAGGAGGAGAACGGGCAACCCCAGGCUGGUGAGCUGCCGCUGGGCAGCGAGGGAGGAGCGGAGAUGAUGCUGAUGGAGGACCAGCCGGCGCGCUACCUGUCACCUGCAGCCCUGAAGAAGCACAUUCACACCGAGACGACGAAGGUCAACAACGAGCUGAGGGCGCUCAUCACCAAGGAGAUCAGAAAACCUGGCAGGCACUACGAGAAGAUCUUCCUCCUCCUGAAGCAGAUCCAGGGCACUCUGGACACCCGGCUCAUCUUCCUCCAAAACAUCAUCAAAGAGGCGGCCAGGUUCAAGAAGCGAGUUCUCAUCGAGCAGCUGGAAAACUUCCUCGAAGAGAUCCACAACAGAUCCAACAACAUGAACCACGUGGACACACUCUGAGACCAACUCAUUCCCCAAAACUGAACUUACUGAUAAAGAACCCAACGUCCCUCUGAACCCCCGCCCCACCACCCCCCACCCGUCCCUGCUGCACCAGGGCCCCCCCGCAAAGACCAGACAAGACAGCAUCCAGCUCUCAAACCAUCACCUCUUCAGUGGACUCGACAUUAUUGGUUGGUUGGCUUACACACAGUAAAGGCGGUACUGACCCUGGGCGAUGCAUUUUUCAGAUUUCCAGAAGAGCGAGCGAGGAAGCAUUUACUGCUGCAGGUGAAGUGUUUGCCUAUGCAACGAGAUGUUCGGCCCGUAGACCAUUUGCUCACAGCUGCUGUCUGAACCCGUCCUCGGACUCGGUUAUUCUCCUCCCUUGAUCAGAUUUUUUUUUUUUUUCAAACUAACAAAAGAGUUAUUAUCUCUCAAACGGGGGGAGUAAACAAGGACUUAUUCAGAGAUGAGCAAAUGGCAGCGUAUGUUUGGUUGUGAUGUGAAGUCGUGUCGGUGAUGGCGUAGGAAGGGGUCAGCUUGUGAGAGGUUGUGUGUGUGUUUUUCAACAACUCAGGGUCGAACGGGAUCCAGCGGAGACGUUCAUGAAACACUUUUCUCCCCUCAUGCCUUUUCAUUCAGUCACUUUUCCCGUCACGUUAGGUCUUAUACCUUUUUUUUUUUUUUGCCGCUUUGGGAUACGGGAGGAUGAGAGUCUGUGGUUUUUUUGUUAAAAUUUACACUCCACUAACCGGAGCACUCCACUGCUGUGCUCUUUAAUAGGUAUAAUGUGGCUCCAAUAUUGAAUUUGUCAACUCGUGGCCUGACUGAUCAUUAAUAUAACUAAGUAGAAACUUAAGUGUACGACAAAGCAAAUGACUUUUGCUUCCUCUGGGGGGUGGGGGAAAUGGAGCCACAGUUUUUCACCUCUGGAGACGGUAAACUUAAAAAGUCUGUGUCCAGCAGGUUUUCAGACAGAUCAAGUAAAAACCCCCUGAAUGAUGUGAGAUCAUUGGUUACUAAUGUUGAAAUACAGGGACAAAAAAAGCUCAGGAACUGACACCAAUGCAUCAAAAUCAGCAAUAACAUUGGAGCACACCCCUCCCCGACUUUUAUCUUUAUUUCAGCCCGAAGCAGCUGAUAUGCAACGCAAACGGUUGUCUGCUGGAGUGUCGAUGAACCGAGGUCUCGGAUGCCAGCUUGUCCCAACGUGCUGGUUGCUGCCAAAUAACUUAACCCGCCCCCCUAAACUCCCUCUCUCCGCCGUGAAUCUCAAACCAACUUCUUGUCACUUAACCGUAAAUGCACUUGUGUAAAUUUGAGAAUGUUUAUUUAAUGUAAUUUAAAAAGAAAAAAUAUGUUUUGUUGCAAAUUUCCCUCCUUUUUUUGGGGGGGGGGAGUCAGGCUAUAUAUUCUCAAAUGUACACAAAUAAACCCAAAUUAGGGUCUAGAGGGCAAGAGUUGAUUUCUGAUUCAGAGCCCUCUUCCGUUCCCUCCCUCCUUGGACAGGGACCAAAAUCUGCCAUACUUGUCUUUGUUUGUGAAGAGGCCGCUACCAAAAGAGUAUUUUGAAUACACUGUAAAGAUGUAAAUAACCCUAGAGUACUAUUUAAAGAGAAUGUUCAGUGGAAAAUGGCCUUUUUGUAAGUAUUUCCAUGAAUAAAAUUUCUAUUUUACACUGUGAAGGGCCAUGUAAAUAAAGUGUUCUUUAAAGAUG